AUGCCCCAGCUCGGCGGCGGCGGCGGCGGCGGAGGAGGCGGCGGCGGAGGCGGCAGCGGCGGCAGCAGCGGGGGGGCUGGCGGCGGGGAUGACCUAGGGGCCAACGACGAGCUCAUCACCUUUCAGGACGAGGGCAGCGAGGAGCAGGAGCCGAGCAGCGACAGCGCCUCGGCCCAGCGGGACUUGGACGAGGUCAAGUCCUCGCUGGUCAACGAGUCGGAGAACCAGAGCAGUAGCUCGGACUCCGAGGCGGAGCGGCGCCCGCAGCCCCCCCGGGACCCUUUCCAGAAGCCGCGGGAAUACUUCGCCGAAGUGAGGAGGCCCCAGGAUGGCGCCUUCUUUAAGGGACCUCCUUACCCCGGCUAUCCCUUCCUGAUGAUCCCAGACCUGAGCAGCCCCUACCUCCCCAACGGACCCCUGUCCCCCGGCGGCGCCCGCACGUACCUGCAGAUGAAAUGGCCCCUCAUCGAUGUCCCAUCAACCACCACAGUGAAGGACACGAGGUCCCCGUCCCCCGCACACUUGUGGCAUUCGCUCUCGAGGGAAGAACAGGCCAAGUACUAUGAGCUGGCCCGCAAAGAGAGGCAACUCCACUCCCAGCUCUAUCCCACCUGGUCAGCGAGGGACAACUAUGGGAAGAAGAAGAAGAGAAAACGCGAGAAGCAGCUGUCCCAGCCUCCACCGCAGCCGCAGCAGCAAGUUCAAGAGGCUGAGAGUGCCCUGACCUCCAGGAACAAGAAGCCGUGUCUACACUACCCGCCCCCUGAGAAGCCUUGCGACAGCCCCGCCUCCUCCCAUGGGAGCAUGCUGGACUCCCCAGCCACCCCUUCCGCUGCCCUGGCCUCGCCGGCCGCCCCGGCAGCCACUCACUCGGAGCAAGCGCAGCCCCUGUCCCUCACCACCAAGCCGGAGGCCCGGGCCCAGCUGGCCCUCCACUCGGCCGCCUUCCUCUCUGCCAAGGCUGCAGCCGCGGCGGCUGCCGCUGCCGCCUCGUCCAGCCCCCUGGGCAGCCAGCCUCCUCUCCUGUCCCGGCCCCUUCCCCUCGGCUCCAUGCCCACCGCUCUAUUGACUUCACCCCCUUCUUUCCAGGCUCCCCUCCAUGCCCACCAGGCCCUGCCUGGGCUGCAGGCCCAGCCUCUUUCCUUGGUUACCAAAUCUGCCCACUAAGCAGCCCUGCCCGUCCCGUCCCCUCCUGGCUGCCGAGGGACUCCUCCAGAAGUAGCGAUUCAGAAAAAAUCAAAAAGGAAACUUUAUUGGUCAAUAUUUGACCACUCUGGACUGUUUGGUGAAGUGUCUGGUAACCACAGCGCUUUACACUUUGUAGAUGUAAACGGUAGCUGAUUUCAAGAGCUUUUUUUUUUUUUUUUUUAAUAAAAAAAAUUAAAAAUAAAAAAAGAAGACACGGAAAAAAACCUGAAAAGUAGUUUGUUAUCCUCUCUAUGGUGGACUGACCUGUGCAGAAGAGACCUCUCUCUUCCCCUAGGCCCCUCCCCCUUCCUCCCUGCCUCUUCUCUCCCAUCUGCAUGUCCGCCACCCCUGGGAUGCCCCCUCGCCCCCAGCCUCAGCUCUCAGUAGCCAACUUGCCUCGUGUCUCCAAUCGCCCUUACUUGGUCCUCUGCCUGGUGCUAAGCCGUCCACCGAGAAGCUGUCUUCUAAUGACUUCACUAGCAUCCCCCGUCCUCAGUGGGAUUAUCUACCUGCUCCCACCCCUGCCCCCACCUCCUUCUUCCCUUCCCCAGACUCAGUGACUAUGAGAAUCUCCCCUCUAUCAUCCGAUGACCAGAGGGCUCCUCUGGAGCGCUUGGGGCCUGCCCCUCGCUCUCGAGACGGGCCAGAUGGAAGCCACCUUCACCACCAAAACGUGGUGGAGAGUCCAAAUCUCGUCUUCACAACUCCCCGGGGAGAGGAUUGGACCCCAAGGCCCGGCCCCUUGGCGAGAGCCAGGUUCACAUAGUCUGCCAAAGCUUUGAGACCCUCCCUCUCGUCCCCGCCAAUCCCCCACCAUGCUUUUUUUGUGUGUGUAUUUCUGUUUUUGUUUUUAUGUCUUUGGAGCGAUUUGAACUCCCAGUUGUCACAAUAUUUUCACAAAAGAAAUAAAAUUGCAGUUGCAAGAAC